AUGCCCGCCCGACGCGCGGCGUCUUCGAGCUGCCAAAGUGUCGUCGCGGUGGUGCUGGGCGUCACCUUCGUGGCAGUGCCCGGCUUGUACUUUGAGUUUUACCUCACCGGCGGCUACAAAGUGGGCCCCGGCACGCCACAGGGCCACGAGGUGAUCCAGGAGGCGGCGAAGCAGGUGGAUCUGGCGACCUCGAAGGUGAAGCUUGGGCACCCUCCAGCUCCGCCUCCGUCUCCACCGGUGCAGGCGAAGGAACCUGUGCCUGAAGCUCCCGCGAUCGACUCGUACGUGGUGCAGUCGCAGGAAGUCGAGGCCGAGCCGCCCGUGCUAAAGGCCUCGGAGGAGCCUGCACCGGCGGCACCGGGCGCCUACAUUGAGCAGAUCUUCGCAAAGAACCGGGAAUGCGCGGACCAGGCCAUGGAGCUGGGUAACCUCCCAACCGUGCAGGCUUGUGACGAAGUGGCUGCAACGAAACUUGAGUGCGGCCGCUACUUCAUGUUCAGCCACGCGCAUCCAGACUGGAUCUGCCGCUGCUGCAGUCUGCAUGGCGAGGAGGAAGGUCCGGCCUCAGACCAAUGGAAUGUCUACAAGGCGCAGGUGCCACGGAUUUCGGGGCUUCCGCCAGAGCCGCCCACGGCGCCCCCGGUGGAUCCCUUUGCCGGGCUCCCCAUCGCGCCGGGGCCGAGGCCUCAGUGGCUGGCGCGAAAAGAUGCGCUGGUCAUCGACGCGCGGCCAGAGGAACACGGGGGCAUCGUGAUCCUCCAGGCUGUCCUCAGCGAUUCACACAGCACCUGGGGCAAUAGCAAGGAUGCUCAGCGGCUCGAAGAUCGACCCGACUGGCUCCGGGCGAUCUUGGCCACCAACAGGGCCCAUGCCAAGAAGCAUGGCCACGCAAUGGUGCUUCGCGCACAUCCAACCGAACCGCAGCUCACAGAUUGGAUGAUCAAAGACUGCGGCAAGAAGUCCCUGCGAGUCUGCGCGAAGGUGAAUGAGCGAGAGACUUACAACUGGGAGAAGCACUUGAUGAUGCAGGACUACCUCUUGAGUCCACAGGCUUUCACCCACGUGCUCAUGCUGGACGCCGACGCCGCGCUGAUCCAGCCACAGCUCGACACCCUGCAGCGCAUCGCAGCCAUCCUGGACAAGAAGGGCAAAGACCUCUUCCUGACCAACGAGGACUGGUUGGACCAGAAUGGUGAGGCGCGCAUCAACGGCGGCUUAAUGCUGGCGAAAAACACGCAGUUUACGCAGAACUUGUUCCAGGACACCUUCGAUGCCCACGUGGCCGGGUACAACCUGCUGAAGAAGGCCCGGAUUGGAACGCCGGUCAUCCGCUGCACCAGCAACGAGCAGAUUUGCCUCAACGAUCUCUACUACGGGGACACCGAGCAUUUCACAUCCAAGGUCAUCAUGGCCAGCGGGAAGAAGUACAAUCGCGGGGCCGAGCGAGGUGGCGAGGCCCACAUCACCGAUGAGACCACCGAGAUCAUGCAGCUGGACUUUCCGUGA